AUGCCAUUAUCAGACCAAUGGGCUGGUGCACUGGAGGUUAAGCUUAAACUUCCCUUAAAAGAAGGCCUGUUACUCCUGGGCCACCUAAUGGUGGUCACCUAUGGUAAGCCCAUACUGGAAACUCCAGAGAGCAUGAUAGGGCCCUGGACAGGGGAUGUGAAUGUUCCCUGAACUUACAAUCCCCUUUACUACACUCAAGCUGUGGUGAAGGGGCUGGUGUGACAUGGUUCAGGCCCAGUCACCAUCUUCCUAAGUGACUCCUCUGGAGAUUAUAUUCAGCAAGCAAAGUAACAGGCCUGCUUGUAUGUGAGCCAUAACAUUCCAUGAAAUAUGUCCCUCUAACUGAAUACCCUGGAGAUGGAUGACUGGAGUCACUACAUGUGUGAAGUCACCUGGCAAACCCCUGGUGGUAACAAAGUGGUAAAAGAUAAGAUUACUGAAUUCCAUGUCCAGAAAGUCUCUGUCUUCAAACCCACAGUGAUAACUGGCAGUGAUUUUGGCUUCAUGGUGCAAGGAAUGAGAAUUAGCUUUCAAGGCCAGGUUUGGGGUUCUCCCCUCAGUCAUGUUUGGUAUAAGGAGCAAGCUAAUAACCAGGAACCCAUCAAAGUAGCAGCUUUAAGUAACUUACUCUUCAAGCCUGCAGUGGUGGCUGACUUGGGCUCCUAUUUCUGUAUUGCAAAGGGCCAGGUUGGCUCUGAGCAGCACAGCAACAUUGUGAAGUUUGUGGUUAAAGGUGACCAGCCUUCUUUCCUGGUGAGCAUCUUAUCAGAUCACCUUGAACCACAGAUACCUCAAAACAUGCCCCUAUGCCAGAGAACGGCUGAAGGAGUAGGGUCCCAGGUAGACAAUGUUUGUACAAUAACAAAUUUAAAAAUUGAGUACUGGAAUCAACAGGGAUAG